CUAAAAAUCUUCUUGUAGAAUAAUGUAACAGUAAAUGGAUUCUGAUAGUAGCGAUUAUUACGAUGACGACGGUAUCGACGUUGAAGUUUCAGAUGCUGAUUCAGAGAGCCCCAAUGGUUCGUCUUGUAAGGUUAUCACAAAAGAGUGUCUGUUGGCUGCACAGAGAGAAGACCUGCAAAAAGUAAUGGACUUGCUAUCUUUAACAGAGCAUCAUGCGCGAACUCUACUUAUACAUUAUAGAUGGGACGUCGAUAAUGUCUCUGAAGUGUUGGUGAACAAGGGAAAAGAUCGGCUUUAUGAAGAAGCAUGCGUGACAGUACGUAAAAAUGGCCGUAGUUCUUCAUUACAAAGCUCUUCUUUAACAACUUGUGAAGUCUGCAUGGAGGAAGUUCCUGUCAACAAAAUGACCACAAUGGAUUGUGGCCAUUGUUUUUGCAACAAUUGUUGGACAGAACACUUUCUGGUUAAGAUAAAUGAGGGACAAAGUAGGCGCAUUAGUUGCAUGGCUCACAAAUGCAAUGUAGUUUGUGAUGAGGGUAAAAUUAGAAUCAAUGUCGGUGAAAAGGACCCUGAUCUUGCGGAGAAGUUUGAUCGGUACAUUUUAGAAUCGUAUAUUGAAGAUAACAAAAGGGUAAAAUGGUGUCCUAGUGUUCCACAUUGUGGAUAUGCCAUUCGGGUAGAGUAUGAUGAAUUUUGUGAGGUCGAAUGUGCGUGUGGUGUUCAGUUUUGUUUUAGUUGUUCUUCUGAAGCACAUUCUCCUUGUUCCUGUAAAAUGUUGGAGCUUUGGAACCAAAAGACAAAGGAUGGUAUGGAUUGGAUAAAGAUUAAUACAAAAAAUUGUCCCAAGUGUCAUAAAACAGUUGAAAAGCAUGGAGGAUGCAAUCUUGUACUAUGUAUAUGUGGCCAACCAUUUUGUUGGUUAUGUGGUGGAGCAACUGGUUUACGACACAACUGGACCAGCAUACACGGUCACACUUGUGAAGAGGAGCAUAUGGCUAAGGCUGCACGUGCAAAAUCCGAUAGUUUACGUUAUAUGCACCAUCUUGAUCGUUUUAAAGCUCAUAUAGACUCUUUGAAGGCCGAAACCGCUCUAAAGAAGAAGUUACAGUCAAAGAUAUUGAGUAUGGAAGCUCGUGACAAACAAAUCGUGGAUUAUAGUUGGGUGACAAAUGGCGCUGAAAGGCUUGUCAUAUCUAGGCGAAUUCUUUCGUAUUCCUACCCGUUCGCGUAUUUUAUGUUUGGUGAUGUUUUUGUCAGUGAACAAAUGACAAAAGAUAAACGAAUCAUCAAACAAAACUUAUUUGAACAGCAGCAACAGCAAGUUGAGAGUCAUAUCGAGAAACUCUCGCUUUUUCUUGCGGAACCGUUUGAUGAAUACCCUGAAGAUAAGUUUAAGGAAUCAAAAAUGAAGAUCAUCACACUUACUGGUGUUAUGGAUCGCCUAUGCAAGAAUUUGUAUGAUUGCAUUGAUAAUGAGAUAUUGCUUGAUUUGGGAACAACAAUUAACAUAGCGCCUUACCGAUCCAAGGGUGCAGAUAAGGCUGAGGAGAUUGAUUAAGGUUAAAGUAGUUUUCUUUAUGAAGUUGUCUAGCGGAAUAUGGCUGUAGAUAGUUAUUUAUUAGAGAAAAUUACUAAAAUAGACGUUUGAUUUAUCAAAAUUACCAUAAUAGACAAACGUCGGCUAAGACAGCAAAUUUGACGGAUAGCCCGGCAAAUUUGUUGGCAAAAAACACCAUCUAAGCCUUAGCCGGUGAUUAAUGUCUUUCAGGAAAUUGGUAGUCAACUUUGUCUAUUUUUUUAAUUUUCCCAAUUAUUAUUUUAUUUGGAACAACCUUUUGUGAAUUUCUGACAUGUAUAACAAUUGGUUUGUUUGAGUCAA